AUGAGUCAAAACGGUGAAUUUGCAUCUAUAAUCCUUUCACUGACUUCAGAUAUGUUCGAAUCCGAUCACCUCGACAAGGAUGACGAGUCACAGGAGCAAGACGACUUCUACGGGGGGAAGUUCGACUUCGUGCCUCGGAGUCGCGCCAACCGCCACCGUGCCGAGGGAGAGAACAACAUGUUCAAACUGCGUGCCUGUAUUUCAUGUCGCCUUAUAAUGAGCGAAGAACAGUUUUUCGAGCGCGGUUGCGGUAACUGCGCAUUCCUUCAAAUGGACGGUGACCGAAGACGUACGCUCGACUGUACGAGUUCAAAUUUCAGCGGCCUAAUCUCUAUCAUGGAUCCGCAGAAGUCAUGGGCGGCACGCUUCAACAAUCUGGGCGAUGUAAUACCUGGAUGUUAUGCGAUUUCCGUUGUUGGAGAACUUCCAGAGUCGAUACAUGAUGAAGUACGACACUAG